CAGCGAAUGUCUGGAAGCUCAGAGAGAGAGAGAGAGAGAGAGAGGAGCGGGAACGAGCUAGGGUUUCCGAUUCCAGACAGUGAGCCGUUGCAAUGGGAGAUUCGAGCUCGAGCGGUUCCGUAUCGGUCGAUGUGGAGACGAUCUCUCUCGGAGGGAAGGAACAUCUUAUAUGGACUGGUCAUGGUUCUGUUUCUGUUGCUGUGUUUGGAGACCAGGACAAGCCAGCACUGGUGACGUAUCCCGAUUUAGCUCUAAAUCAUAUGUCAUGUUUCCAAGGAUUGUUCUUUUGCCCGGAAGCUGCUUCUCUGCUGCUUCAUAAUUUCUGCAUAUAUCAUAUCACUCCACCAGGGCAUGAGUUGGGUGCUGCUGCAAUUUCUUCAGAUAUUCCUAUUCCUUCUGUCGAUGAUUUAGCAGAUCAGGUUGCGGAUGUUCUUGAUUACUUCGGGCUUGGUGCAGUGAUGUUCUUGGGGGUCACGGCUGGGGCCUAUAUCCUUACACUUUUUGCUAUGAAGUACAGGGAACGUGUUCUUGGUUUGAUACUUGUUUCCCCUCUAUGUAAAGCACCCUCUUGGACGGAAUGGGUGUAUAAUAAGGUGAUGUCAAAUUUGUUGUACUUUUAUGGAAUGUGUGGUGUGCUGAAGGAAUGCUUGCUUCAGCGGUACUUCAGCAAGGAAGUGCGAGGUAGUGGACAGGUUCCCGAGUCAGACAUUGUGCAAGCAUGCCGAAGCUUGCUUGAUGAGAGACAGGGUGGAAAUGUUUGUCGGUUUCUUCAAGCAAUCAAUGGGAGAUGGGACAUAACUGAAGGAUUGAGGAAACUACAGCGACGGACACUAAUAUUUGUUGGAGAGGACUCUCCCUUUCAUUCUGAGGCCAUUCACAUGAUGUCAAAACUAGACAGAAGAUACAGUGCUUUGGUUGAGGUUCAGGCAUGUGGGUCAAUGGUUACGGAGGAGCAGCCCCAUGCGAUGCUGAUACCGUUGGAGUACUUCCUAAUGGGUUAUGGUCUCUACCGCCCAUCCCAGCUGAACAGCACCCCCCAGAGCCCGCUAAGCUCGUCUUGCUCCCCAGAGCUGCUUUCCCCGGAAAGCAUGGGGGUGAAGCUAAAGCCAAUAAAGACGCGGGCAUCUCUGCAGGUCUGAUGAGGGAAAGAAGGGCAGCAAGGGUGGCUGGGAAGGACGGCAUAUCUGUUGUAAUACUGGAGUUGUAUUUUUCGUGGAUUUUUUCUGCGGGGAGAUUGUUUGUGGUGGGGGUUGAUCUGUGGUUGUAGAUAAAAUAGUAGAAGACGACAGAAAGGAUUGGGGAAGGACAAUGAUACAAGAGAGAGAGAGAGAGAGGGGUAUUCUAUUCCAUUCAUUUUGUAGUAAUAAAAAAGAAGAAGAGUAGAGCAGUGCCUGUAAAUCCUCAUUUGUUUAUACCUGAUUAGUAAUAAUAAUCAAGAAGAGGAGAGUGGCGGUGACAUCAAUCAUUUGGGAGAUGGCCCCCUUUCCUUCUUUUCUUUUGAACGGUAAUAAUAUAAAAUGGAGACGUCUGUAUUUUUUUCUCUU